CGCAUUCGUUGCUCAGUCAUACACGACUAUCCGAUACCUUAUCAUUACAAUCAUACCUAUUAGCUCCAAUGCUGCACUAGCCAGAGCAAUCCGUGUUCAACCUGUAUCGCUUUCCUGUUGUGUGUGUGUGUGUUCCCAUAUGCCCAUCCUGACUUCAACAUGUUCAUUCUGUCAUGUAACCCAUCGCUCGAGACUCCAAGCCCAUACGAAAUACCCAUCGCUAUGCACUGCAUGAAAAGCACUAAGGAAUCGAUCAAUCAAUCUGUGAAAAGCUCCAUGACACGUCCUCAUAGUAGCUCCAGGUGGGUCCCUGCGUUAGGGGAAGGCAGUCUACCAGACGGCGCAGCAAAACCUCGCUUCACGUAGUUGCCUGUGGCGUUCCAGGGUGCUGCCCACCCGGUAGCUUUGGCAAUCCCCGAAGAGCAGCUCGGUCUGGUCGAGGUCGAUGACGCUGUCACAGAAGGGGUAAAAGGGUAGUAUUUCCCAUUAUCUCCGGGAGGGUGGUAGGAGCCAUUGUCUCCGGGAGGGUGGUAGAAGCCAUCGUCGGCAGUGUGGGUGGCUGUAGCGGUUGCCACCGGUGUGUAUGGAGACACUGGAGCUUCUGUGCUCGAUUCUGCUGGAGUCCAGGACGUGCUUGAUGAAGAGCUCGAUGUGGUGCAUGUGGUAGAAGUACUCGUUGUUGAGGUGACUGAUGUGUGCGCUGCAAUUGACGGAGUGUUCAACGCUGAGCUCGAUGUGCUAUAGCUUGCGCUCGUGCUCGUGCUCGUGCUCGUGGAAGCGGAGCUAGCAGGACUGGAUGUCGUCGGCGGCCCACUUGCCAUCACCGCCGUCCACUUCGAGGUCGUCGUCGACGUUGUCGGAAGCUCUUCAGUUGUGAUGGCCGUUUCGGCAGUGACAGUCGAAACUUCUGUGAUGGUCGUUUGAGCUGCUAAAGUGGUCUGCACAGUCUCAUAUAUCGUCUCUGGCUGCACUUGAGAAGGCGUGUCGGUUGGACCACCCACGUCGACCACAUUGUAUGUUACUGCUGGCGCUGGAUGUGGAAGUGCUCGUGCGCGGACGGCGAGAUAUGUGGUCGCGGCGAGGAUGGAGGCAGAGGCGAAGCGCAUUGCUAUCAGGAGCCCUCAGCUCGUGCGCGGUCGUACUGUGUGUAUGGUAUAGUAUAGAUGACUGAUGCCUCUCCGACGGGAUGCCCAAAGGACUGGCUGGUAUGGUGAUACGUUGGCCGGGUAAUGAUGGAGUGUUCGGUUCGUUCACGGCGGUCGAUUUCGAUGUCGUGCGAGGUGUGCAGGAUGUGUUGCAGAGAUCGGCCAGGGAUCAAGAGCCAUUUUGUCCACACAGACUGCCAUCUUUUGCGUCGAGGAGGCUGGUCAAGCGAACCACCCGCCUGAUCCAUUAUUACUGCUUCUAUACGCAAGAGCGUGUCAGUCUGUACGAGAGGAAGAGGGGCUGCUCGAGGACCGCCAUCGAGGCGAAACUCCUCAGCAAGUGGUCCGCAUUUGGCAUUUGGGUGAUCCAGGCCCACGCGAAGCAGCCAGGCCCUAUAGCCAUGCGACACAAGGGCACCGCCAGCGUCGUGACUCCUUACCGUCACAAGAACGCCUUCACGACUUGCCAGUUCUGGUGAGCAGUCGCGGAUUCAGUUGAACAUGGAUUGACGUUGAGUGCGGCGCUUGGAACGGAAUGCAUGGACACUUUCGAUUAAGAGACGCUACGACUAUAGCUGAACGCCGUGCCUCUACUACGAACAGAGACGCCAUCGAUUGCAAAUGUGGCAUUCUGGUGACCUGCAGUUUAGCGGCUUAGGCAAUAACUGCGGACAGUGGGAAAGCCUGCGACGCCUUACAGCAUCCUGGCUCGAGAACCCUUCUUGCAGGUCUCAUUAUCCUAGGACCGCUGGAUCCCCAAUGCAAGCCGCCACUGCUGUUCCUUCACAAGAUUUACGAUGGAUGAUGGAAAUAGACAACCCCCUGUAUCUUGAAUUUUUCAUGCCCGUAGCUCUUGACAAGCCGCAUGUCGCGGGCAAAUU